AUGAACCUGGAGAAGAUUCUGGAUACAGUGAUAUCUGUAUUUAGGGAUAGCGGAAGUAAAGCGCUUGAUGUGCCUCAACCAGCAUCAGCUUGCCCUCAUCCACCAAGAAUCACUAGUGAUGUCUCUCGAGAGGAGCUGGCACAGAUUCACAGAGAGAGGGCAGCAGCUCGUAAGAUGCAAGCUGAGAUGCAUUCAUUGAGGAUGGACAUGCUGUACAAGCUUUCCAUAGCAGACAAGGUCCGAAAUGAAAUUUUCUGGUUCCCACACAACAUGGAUUUCCGCGGGCGUGUCUACCCCUGCCCUCCACACUUCAAUCACUUCGGCAAUGACGUUACCAGGAGUCUCCUCUUGUUUGCCAGGGGGAUGCCCCUUGGUGAGGAGGGCUUCAGGUGGCUCAAGAUACAUCUUGUAAACCUCACUGGCCAUAAGAAAAGAUGCUCUGUAGAAGAAAGGCUUCAGUAUGCCCAUGAUAUGCUGCCUGAGAUUAUGGACUCUGCUGACAAACCACUAGAUGGCAACAAGUGGUGGCAGAAUUCAGAUGAACAAUGGCAGACAUUGGCAUCGUGUAUGGAGGUUACCAAGGCGAUAAGGUCGGGUGACCCUACAUCGUAUAUCAGCCAUCUUCCCAUACACCAGGAUGGUUCCUGCAAUGGCCUUCAGCAUUAUGCUGCCCUGGGUCGUGAUCUCAUCGGAGCAGAGCAGGUCAAUCUGCAUCCCUUUGACAUACCACAGGAUGUCUACAGUGGUGUCGCUCAGAUGGUUGAGGAGCUACGGAGGCAGGAUGCAGAGAAAGGAAACAAGAUUGCCCUGGCCCUUGCAGGUCACAUCAAGCGAAACGUUGUGAAGCAGACCGUGAUGACCGUGGUGUACGGUGUGACAUCGUACGGUGGUAGACGUCAGAUCUUGAAGCAGCUAAGGGAAGAGGAUGAUCUGACCAUGGAUCAGAAGUGGUUUGCUGCGGGCUACAUCACGCUCAAAGUCUUCCAGAGUCUGAGGAAGAUGUUCACCAAGACUAGGGAGAUACAGGACUACUUAACGGAGAGUGCUUGGUUGAUAUCUAAAGCCGGUGAGACGGUGGAAUGGGUGACACCUCUGGGUCUACCCAUCGUACAACCCUAUCAUAAGAAGAGUCUGAAGCUUAUCUCACAUGGAGGACGCAACGUCUAUCAUGAAGAGAGACACAGCCAGGCUGAACGUCCAGACACGAUGAAGCAGAAGAAUGCAUUCCCACCAAACUUCAUUCAUUCCCUAGACUCAACUCAUAUGAUGCUCACAUCACUCUACUCACAAAGAGCCGGUAUCGCCUUUGCCUCUGUACAUGAUUGUUACUGGACCCAUGCUAGCUCUGUCAAUCAGAUGAACAAGAUCUGUCGGAGCCAGUUUGUGAAGCUACACAAGGAACCCAUUCUAGACAAUCUCUCUGAGUUCAUGGUGGAAAAGUAUGGACAGCUGUAAGUAUGCAAGAUUACUU